AUCAAUCUUUUUUGGUGGAGGUGAAUAGUGAGGCUGUGUCUAGUGAGCGACUGUGAUCAAUCGCUGUCCUGAACAGGCCUCAGUUUGUUUUAUUUCAUUAUCUACAGCUGAGUGGAGUGGAUAAAAUUACAUCAAUCUUUUUUGGUGGAGGUGAAUAGUGAGGCUGUGUCUAGUGAGCGACUGUGAUCAAUCGCUGUCCUGAACAGGCCUCAGUUUGUUUUAUUUCAUUAUCUACGGCUGAGUGGAGUGGAUAAAAUUACAUCAAUCUUUUUUGGUGGAGGUGAAUAGUGAGGCUGUGUCUAGUGAGCGACUGUGAUCAAUCGCUGUCCUGAACAGGCCUCAGUUUGUUUUAUUUCAUUAUCUACAGCUGAGUGGAGUGGAUAAAAUUACAUCAAUCUUUUUUGGUGGAGGUGAAUAGUGAGGCUGUGUCUAGUGAGCGACUGUGAUCAAUCGCUGUCCUGAACAGGCCUCAGUUUGUUUUAUUUCAUUAUCUACGGCUGAGUGGAGUGGAUAAAAUUACAUCAAUCUUUUUUGGUGGAGGUGAAUAGUGAGGCUGUGUCUAGUGAGCGACUGUGAUCAAUCGCUGUCCUGAACAGGCCUCAGUUUGUUUUAUUUCAUUAUCUACGGCUGAGUGGAGUGGAUAAAAUUACAUCAAUCUUUUUUGGUGGAGGUGAAUAGUGAGGCUGUGUCUAGUGAGCGACUGUGAUCAAUCGCUGUCCUGAACAGGCCUCAGUUUGUUUUAUUUCAUUAUCUACAGCUGAGUGGAGUGGAUAAAAUUACAUCAAUCUUUUUUGGUGGAGGUGAAUAGUGAGGCUGUGUCUAGUGAGCGACUGUGAUCAAUCGCUGUCCUGAACAGGCCUCAGUUUGUUUUAUUUCAUUAUCUACGGCUGAGUGGAGUGGAUAAAAUUACAUCAAUCUUUUUUGGUGGAGGUGAAUAGUGAGGCUGUGUCUAGUGAGCGACUGUGAUCAAUCGCUGUCCUGAACAGGCCUCAGUUUGUUUUAUUUCAUUAUCUACAGCUGAGUGGAGUGGAUAAAAUUACAUCAAUCUUUUUUGGUGGAGGUGAAUAGUGAGGCUGUGUCUAGUGAGCGACUGUGAUCAAUCGCUGUCCUGAACAGGCCUCAGUUUGUUUUAUUUCAUUAUCUACGGCUGAGUGGAGUGGAUAAAAUUACAUCAAUCUUUUUUGGUGGAGGUGAAUAGUGAGGCUGUGUCUAGUGAGCGACUGUGAUCAAUCGCUGUCCUGAACAGGCCUCAGUUUGUUUUAUUUCAUUAUCUACGGCUGAGUGGAGUGGAUAAAAUUACAUCAAUCUUUUUUGGUGGAGGUGAAUAGUGAGGCUGUGUCUAGUGAGCGACUGUGAUCAAUCGCUGUCCUGAACAGGCCUCAGUUUGUUUUAUUUCAUUAUCUACAGCUGAGUGGAGUGGAUAAAAUUACAUCAAUCUUUUUUGGUGGAGGUGAAUAGUGAGGCUGUGUCUAGUGAGCGACUGUGAUCAAUCGCUGUCCUGAACAGGCCUCAGUUUGUUUUAUUUCAUUAUCUACGGCUGAGUGGAGUGGAUAAAAUUACAUCAAUCUUUUUUGGUGGAGGUGAAUAGUGAGGCUGUGUCUAGUGAGCGACUGUGAUCAAUCGCUGUCCUGAACAGGCCUCAGUUUGUUUUAUUUCAUUAUCUACAGCUGAGUGGAGUGGAUAAAAUUACAUCAAUCUUUUUUGGUGGAGGAACACCAAGCCUGGCUGAACCAGAAACUAUUUACAGUGUCAUCAAUACUGUAAAAGAAAUGGUUAAAUUUUCAAAUCAGGGGGAAGUAACCCUUGAAGUCAACCCAACAAUACUAGAAAAGGCGCAUCUAAGGGACUUCAAGAGUGCUGGUAUCAACAGAGUAUCGGUUGGGGUUCAGACACUGGAUAGUAAUGCACUGGCUGUCCUAGGCAGAGACCAUACAGUUAAGUCAGCUUUAGAAUGUGUACAUGAUGCUCGAGUUCUGUUCCCCGGCAGUGUGUCUGUUGACUUGAUCUUUGGGUUUCCCGGUCACAGCCUGUCAGCCUGGAAGAGGGAACUGCAGCAGCUACUGCAGAUCUGUGACAAACACAUCUCUCUCUACCAGCUCACUCUGGAGAGGGGAACUCAACUCUUCAAGAUGAUCGAAAAAGGAUUAACGAAACUUCCACCUGAAGAUGAAAUUGUCGAUAUGUACAAAACUGCGGUACAGGUUCUCAAAGAAAAUGGAUUCGAAAGAUAUGAAGUUUCAAAUUUUGCCAAAGAGGUCAGAUACAGCACUCACAACCUGGCAUACUGGGAAGGAAAGCAGUACAUUGGAGUUGGGCCAGGUGCUCAUGGUAGAUUUGUAGUGCAGUCCAAUGAUGGGUCUCUGGAACGACAUGCUCGAAUACAGACACUCGAGCCCGACAACUGGAUGUGGGAGAUAGAAAGGUUUAACCAUGCUACCAGAAAAAUAGUAAAGCAGACCAAAAUUGACAUCCUGGAGGAGCUGCUAGCCUUGGGUAUGAGAAUCUGCUGGGGAAUAUCUCACCAACGCUGGAAUCAGCGGUGUCCGCAACUCAGUCUGUACGACAUAUUUAACUCGGAUAUAGUUUCAACUUACUGCUCAGCCAACCUGCUGAAGCUCGAUAACAGAGGUCUGCGAGCCACACCAGAAGGUAUGGAUGUGUUGGACAGUAUUAUUCCAGACUUGAUUCUUCUCCUACACCAGGCACUAGCAAGAUGAACGCAGCAGUUAAACAUGGAUGUGUUGGACAGUAUUAUUCCAGACUUGAUUCUCCUACACCAGGCACGAGCAAGAUGAACGCAGAAGUUAAACAUCAAUGUGUUGGACAGUAUUAUUCCAGACUUGAUUCUCCUACACCAGGCACGAGCAAGAUGAACGCAGAAGUUAAACAUGGAUGUGUUGUACAGUAUUAUUCCAGACUUGCUUCUCCUACACCAGGCACUAGCAAGAUGAACGCAGCCGUUAAACAUCCAGAUUAGUGCACUAAAGAGCCAGUGCUAGUGUUGGUGUAAAGUGAUCCUUUUGGCAGGAGCUAGUGGGAGUUUCACUAUUAGCUCAUUGCUGCCGAGACUUCGUGAAAGCCUGAAGACAAAACUUAAGAGUUUUAUAUGAGUACAUAUAAUCGGGCCAUAAGUGACCAUUUCCAUUACAGAUUAAGACCAGAUGAUUUUAAAACAAUGGAAUAGGUUAUUAAGUACAUAGGACACAGCUAUCUCAUGAAAGAUGACUAUGAAAUAUAUUUCUAUCUUUCAUGAACUACCACAUAAUUAUGCUCAAAAACCCCAAGACUGGAGUUGUCUAUGGUAAUGAGACAAUAAUUUCAGAUUGAUAUUUUGUGAUUAAAAUCUGCCUUAUAAAACAAACAUGGUAAAUAUGAUAAAACCGUCAAAUAAUUAUUUUACUUUUAGAGUACACCUUAUGUGGUGGACAUUUUCACCACCUUGGUGUACUUUAUUAUUAUUUUUUAUCCCACAUGGCUAUGUAUGAUGGAUUUUUAUUAUUGAAGUAAAAGUGUAGAAUACUA